GACGUUUGGCACAUGGUACGCCUCUAACCUCAAUUUUGUCACAUUUUUAAUUUAAAUACCUGUGUUAUCAAAUAAAACAAUUUAAAAAAAUGGAUAGUCUCUCGUCGUUAACGGGUGCACAAAAAGAUGAACUCAUGGAUAAUGUUAAACAACAAAUUGCAGUAGCCAAUGCCCAAGAACUUCUUACAAAAAUGACUGAAAAGUGCUUUAAAAAGUGUAUUUCAAAGCCCGGAACAUCAUUGGAUAGUUCAGAGCAAAAAUGUGUAGCCAUGUGUAUGGAUAGGUAUAUGGAUUCUUGGAAUUUGGUAUCAAAGGCUUAUAGUAUGAGGAUCCAAAGAGAAAGAGGAAAUAUGUAAAUAAUUGUGAUUAUUAGAAAAUAAAUUAUUGUUAGUAAAAAAAUUUCCGAAGUUCAUUAGUAGUAGUAGAAAUUUUUUUAGUUUUAUUUUAUUUUACUUGGAUCAUCGGCAUUCAAAAAUGUAGGAAUAAAAAUAAAACUACAA